AGAUUCUUCUCCAACUCAUUUUCUUCCUCCGCAAUUUGAUCACGCCGCCCCCGAUUGCGAAAAGUGACAAAGUCCUGACUGUCCCGAUCUGCCUCUAUAAGAGACGACGGUGAUGGACACGAAAUCUCUGCUGGCCGUGGUGGAGCAACUUGAGGAGAACAUUGAGGAUCUUGAAGAAAACUUCGAACCGUUGCUUGAACGCGAAAGUGAUUUUGUGUCCAUCACAAAGAAAUUACCACUCUUGGACAGAGCGAAGCUCAAUGUUCUGGUAGUAUACGCGAUCGAGUCGCUGUUGUUCUCCUAUCUCAAACUACAGGGCGUCGAUGCCAAAGAGCACGCAGUUUUCCGAGAACUGGCACGAGUCAGACAAUACUUCGAGAAGAUCAAGAACGCCGAGCCUGGUGCAGUUACCGCUCAACCCUCCGUUACUCUGAACAGAGAAGCCGCCGAACGAGUCAUUAAGCACGCAUUGGCCGGAAACGACAAGUACGACCUAGAACGUGCCGAACGUGAAGCCCGCGAGAAAUUCCUUGCGAACAGAAAGCUGAAGACUUUGGAAGCCAGCAUGAAAGAAAGGGCAAGAGCACAGACAAAAGAAGAAGAAGACGCCGAAAUGUCGGACGCACUACAACUAGCAGCUCAACUUGCGGCAGUUGCGCAGCCGGCCUCAUCAGAAACGUCAUCUUCGUCCGAGGACGACAGUGAAGAGGAGGAUGAUGACGAUGAAGACGACAGCGACGAGGCUGAUGAGGGUGUUCAAGUACCCAUGGACGAACCACAAGAAGUCUCGACCCCUGCCUCCGUGCCUACAGAUCCCGCACGUCAGGACAACCAGCACCCAGUUGGAGAACAGGCUUCGCCAGAACAGACUCCGCAAUCACAGCGCGGGAAAAAGCGAAAGGCACCACCAUCUGAAGAACAGAACCCAGCCAAGAUGUCUAAAAAGGCGCUAGGCAAGGAAAAAGCAAAGGCUCAUAGGGCCGAGAUGGCGAAACGCAAGGCAAAACGACAGGCCAAAAAGGAAGUCGAGAAGGUCGAACAGAAGGCCAAAAACAUGAAAGAGAUGAAGCGGCAGGAAAGCAAGAAGGCAAAGAAAGAUGCAAAGAAGAAAGCUGCGGCCAAUGCUGAUGACGGCUGACUUCGAUGGUAAUGGCUCUAAGAUGAGCUGACAGCAUGAAUUAUGACAUGAGAUCGACCUCUAGAGACGACCUUGGAGAAUAACGCUGUUCUUGCUCAUCAUGCUGCCAACCCUGCUUUGCAUCCUGGGCGACAUAUUGAGGUUGGAAAGAUAACAAGAUAAUGCGAGCAUUGUCAUGGUUUCCGAACCCUCAUCUCACAAGAACACGCUCCGGGACGUCUAGAUCAGGUCCAUCAGCAGGCGGG